GGGAGAAGAGAAACAGAUCGAUUGCCCUUGUGACUCCCCGCCCCCUCCCCCACGGCUCCCUCCCCCGCCGCCUCCCCUCACCCCGCCUCCUCCUCUCUCCCCACCCUUAAACCUUCUCACCGGCGGCAGUCCGGAAGGUGAGGGGAAUGGAUUGGACUCCGGUGAGGAAAGCGGGUAUCUAGAAGUGGUGCUGAUGGGAGGAGACUGCUGGUUUCCAAAGAGGAUGCUCUGCUACCAAGAGCGGCUCGCGCGCUGGCCUGGGCUCUAGCCGGAGGAGAGAUCCCGGGAGAACUCCGGAGCUCGCGGGGAGCGCUCCUCGGAAGACCGAGGUCAACAUGCCUGUUCGCAGGGGGCAUGUGGCACCACAAAACACAUUUUUGGGGACCAUCAUACGGAAAUUUGAAGGGCAAAAUAAAAAAUUUAUCAUUGCAAAUGCCAGAGUGCAGAACUGUGCCAUCAUCUACUGCAACGAUGGGUUCUGCGAGAUGACUGGUUUCUCCAGGCCAGAUGUCAUGCAAAAGCCAUGCACUUGCGACUUUCUCCAUGGGCCCGAGACCAAGAGGCAUGAUAUUGCCCAAAUUGCCCAGGCAUUGCUGGGGUCAGAGGAGAGGAAAGUGGAGGUCACCUACUAUCACAAAGAUGGUUCCACGUUCAUUUGCAACACUCACAUAAUUCCAGUGAAAAACCAAGAGGGCGUGGCCAUGAUGUUCAUCAUUAAUUUUGAAUAUGUGACGGAUGAGGAAAAUGCUGCCUCCCCAGAGAGGGUAAAUCCAAUAUUACCAGUCAAAAACGUAAACCGGAAACUUUUUGGGUUCAAGUUCCCUGGUCUGAGAGUUCUCACUUACAGAAAGCAGUCCUUACCACAAGAAGAUCCUGAUGUGGUCAUAAUUGACUCAUCUAAACAGAGUGAUGAUUCAGUAGCCAUGAAGCACUUCAAGUCUCCUACAAAAGAAAGCUGCAGUCCCUCUGAAGCAGAUGAUACAAAAGCCUUGAUACAGCCCAGCCAAUGUUCUCCCUUGGUGAAUAUAUCUGGACCUCUUGACCAUUCCUCUCCCAAAAGGCAAUGGGACCUACUCUACCCUGACAUGCUGCAGUCAAGUUCCCAGCUGACUCAUUCCAGAUCGAAGGAAAGCAUUUGUAGUAUACGGAGGGCAUCGUCAGUGCAUGAUAUAGAAGGGUUCAGUGUCCACCCCAAGAAUAUAUUUAGAGACAGACAUGCCAGUGAAGACAAUGGUCGCAAUGUCAAAGUUUCACGUUCCUGGAUGGCAGGGGGGCCUUUUAAUCAUAUCAAGUCAAGCCUCCUGGGAUCCACAUCGGAUUCAAACCUCAACAAAUACAGCACCAUCAACAAGAUUCCACAGCUCACUCUGAAUUUUUCAGAUGUCAAAACUGAAAAAAAGAAUACCUCCCCUCCUUCUUCUGAUAAAACCAUUAUUGCACCCAAGGUUAAAGAUCGAACACACAAUGUAACAGAGAAAGUUACCCAGGUUCUCUCUUUAGGAGCAGAUGUCCUGCCAGAAUAUAAACUGCAGACGCCACGCAUCAACAAGUUUACAAUAUUGCACUAUAGUCCUUUCAAGGCAGUCUGGGAUUGGCUUAUUCUCCUGUUGGUCAUAUACACUGCUAUAUUCACUCCCUACUCUGCAGCCUUUCUCCUCAAUGACAGAGAAGAGCAGAAAAGACGAGAAUGUGGCUAUUCUUGUAGCCCCUUGAAUGUGGUAGACUUGAUUGUGGAUAUUAUGUUUAUCAUAGAUAUUCUAAUAAACUUCAGAACAACUUAUGUAAAUCAAAAUGAGGAAGUGGUAAGUGAUCCCGCCAAAAUAGCAAUACACUACUUCAAAGGCUGGUUCCUGAUUGACAUGGUUGCAGCAAUUCCUUUUGACUUGCUGAUUUUUGGAUCUGGUUCUGAUGAGACAACGACAUUAAUUGGUCUUUUGAAGACAGCUCGACUCCUUCGUCUUGUGCGAGUGGCUCGCAAACUUGACCGAUACUCAGAAUAUGGCGCUGCUGUGUUAAUGCUCUUAAUGUGCAUAUUUGCCCUGAUUGCUCACUGGCUGGCUUGCAUUUGGUAUGCAAUCGGGAAUGUAGAAAGGCCUUACCUGACCGACAAAAUUGGAUGGUUGGAUUCCUUAGGACAGCAAAUCGGAAAACGUUACAAUGACAGUGACUCAAGCUCUGGACCUUCCAUUAAAGACAAAUACGUCACAGCACUUUAUUUUACCUUCAGCAGUUUAACCAGUGUGGGAUUCGGGAAUGUGUCUCCUAACACCAAUUCGGAGAAAAUAUUUUCAAUUUGUGUCAUGUUGAUUGGCUCACUAAUGUAUGCAAGCAUUUUUGGGAACGUAUCUGCAAUUAUCCAAAGACUAUACUCGGGAACUGCCAGGUACCACAUGCAAAUGCUGCGAGUAAAAGAGUUCAUUCGCUUUCACCAAAUUCCCAACCCUCUGCGGCAACGGCUUGAAGAAUAUUUCCAACAUGCGUGGACUUACACCAAUGGCAUUGACAUGAACAUGGUCCUCAAGGGUUUCCCAGAAUGUUUACAAGCUGACAUUUGUCUACAUCUCAACCAGACUUUGCUGCAAAACUGCAAAGCCUUUAGGGGGGCAAGUAAAGGUUGCCUUAGAGCUUUGGCAAUGAAGUUCAAGACCACCCAUGCACCUCCAGGAGACACUCUGGUUCACUGUGGGGAUGUCCUUACUGCACUUUAUUUCUUAUCCAGAGGCUCCAUUGAAAUCCUCAAAGAUGACAUUGUGGUAGCUAUUCUGGGAAAAAAUGACAUAUUUGGAGAAAUGGUCCAUCUUUAUGCCAAGCCUGGAAAGUCUAAUGCAGAUGUAAGAGCUCUCACAUACUGUGACUUGCAUAAGAUCCAGAGAGAAGACUUAUUAGAGGUUUUGGAUAUGUAUCCGGAGUUUUCUGAUCACUUUCUCACAAACCUGGAGUUGACUUUCAACCUACGGCAUGAGAGUGCAAAGGCUGAUCUCUUACUACGAUCACAGUCCAUGAAUGACUCUGAAGGAGACAACUAUAAACUACGAAGAAGGAAAUUGUCAUUUGAUAGUGAAGGAGAGAAAGAUUUUGGCAAAGGAAACAGUACAAAUGAUCCUGAAGACUCUGUAGAUACCAUAAGAAAUUAUCAGAGUUCCAAGAAACAAUUUGAAGAGAAAAAAAGCGGAUCUUCAUCUUUCAUCUCCUCCAUUGAAGAUGAACAAAAGCCUCUCUUCUCAGGAAUAGCAGAUUCACUUCCAAGAAUAGGGAAAGCAACUGGACUUGAUUUUGAAGAAACAGUGCCCACCUCAGGAAGAAUUCACACAGAUAAAAGAAGUCACUCUUGCAAAGAUAUCUCUGACACAAGAAGCUGGGAACGAGAAAAUGUCCAGACUCAGGCUGAUGAGUCUAGUCCCUCAGCACUUCCGCGAGCUGCCUGGGGAAUCUCUGAAACCGAAAGUGACCUCACAUAUGGGGAAGUAGAGCAAAGAUUAGAUUUACUUCAAGCACAACUUAACAGACUUGAAUCCCAAAUGACCGCUGACAUCCAGACCAUCUUACAGUUGCUGCAGAAACAAACCGCUGUGGUCCCCCCAGCCUACAGUAUGGUAACUGCAGGAGCAGAGUAUCAGAGACCCAUGAUCCACCUGAUGAGAACCAGUCACCCGGGAGCAUCCAUCAAGACAGAUCGAAGUUUUAGUCCUUCCUCACAAUGUCCUGAAUUUCUAGACCUUGAAAAAUCUAAACUUAAAUCCAAAGAAUCCCUCUCAAGUGGCGUGCAUCUGAACACAGCUUCAGAAGACAACUUGACUUCACUUUUAAAACAAGACAGUGAUCUCUCUUUAGAGCUUCACUCACGGCAAAGAAAAACUUACCUCCAUCCAACGAGGCAUCCUUCUUUGACAGAUUCAUCCCCAAGCACUGUAGGAAUCCUGGGUCUUCAUAGGCAUGUUUCUGAUCCUGGUCUUCCAGGGAAAUAAUCGUUUUGUACUAUUUACUCCAUAUACAAUAUAAGUGCUUUUAAAUGGCUGUUUUCCUUUUUGUAUUUAAAUCCUCUCUACUUGACUCAGGGGCUCAAAGUUACCAUUAUAUGCAAAAGUACUGUAUAUUUUCCUAAAUUGAAGCUUGUAAGGUAAAAGUGAGCAGUUAGGAUGUAAAUAUACAUAUGAACUCCUUUGUUCCAAAUGUUAAAACUGCCAGCAUCUCAAGGCACCUUAUUUUAUUUAUUUAUUUUUUAAAUCAUGUGCAUGUUAGGAAACUCCAAUUUCUCUUGCAUGGAGACUCCUAUUUACUGCUUUGACUAAAUCAGUACUUUGUUAUGAAAAUGCCUUCAAGCAAAUGAGAAACCAAGGGAUGAAACUGUUUAGGGAAGCAACUCAGAUGAUCCUCAACCCAAGGAAGUUCAAGGGGGAGAAAGGGAACUUAGUUACUUUUAAGAACAGACGUCCUUGUGUACCGGGAUAUUUAUAGUUAAUUUACAUUCAUUCCACCACACUGGGAAAAAAAUGCAGUUUUCGAGUUAUAAAUCUCUGACAGUAUAGGAAGACAUCUCCAAAUACAUGAAUAUAGGCAAGCAUUAAUGAGGCCUUUCUAUUUAAAAUUCUGUCACUAACUGCAUUUACAAUCUACUUAAAAUAUUUUCCACUGGAACAUUUCCUUGAAUGAUUAGAAACAAGUUUGUCUAAUUUGGGGGUGGGGGCAAGGGAGGAAGAACUGCUGAACUGUGACUGACAUGAAUUGUUAUCCACAGCUUUCUUCCAAUUCAUGUUUUAGAGCAACCUUGAAUUUGAUCAAAAGAGUGGCUACACAUAGUUUUCAAAAAAUGUGCGAUUUUAGUGGAUUUGCAUGGCAAAACUAACUUCCAUUAAGGAUAUGUUGUUCUUUGGCUUUCUAAUCCCAGCUAUGGAAAAACAAUGUGCAUUUACCUGCCUAUAAAGGAAAUGCACGCCCCAGCAGUAAAACCUCAAUUUUAUUUGGUUAUUCAAACACCUUUGCUCAUCGAAGAUUAAAUGAAAAUCUAUUAAAUAUAGAUUGGGCUGAAUAUAUACUGACCCCAGAAUAUCGGAACAUACAAUGGAAUACAUUUUAGUAUCUUCAACUGUUAGAUUUUCUUUUGAGGAGGAAGGCAUACACUGCUCAUAAAAUCGAUGUACAGAAAAAAAUUCCAAGUUAAUUUAAGAUUCUGAUUAGUCAAGUUCUAGUUAAGGUGUUUGUUUUUUUUUUUCCAAUUCAUUUGAGUACAAUUUUAAACGUAUUAAAGACUGAACCAGUCUUCUUUAAUACCAUAUCCUGUCCACCUGAACAAAAUUUUGUAAUUUGUUGGUUUUCUUAGUCCAUUGCUAAUUCCUGCACUCAUAUAUUUUUUAAGAAACAUUAUACCUGUGCACAUUAUUAAAUAGGUAUCCCUCUAGGAUAGAAAUAUAAUCUAUUGAUUUACCUUUACCAUUGAUACUAAUGUAUUAGCUUCAAAUACAAUUUAUUUAAAUUUACAAAAACUAUUGCACUAUUUAAAAUAUGAUUGAAGUGACCUUAAAUUGCUCCUUAGUUUUAAGUGGUCACAUAAGUUGAUAAUUUGUGAGAGAUGCAGUCUGUAGACAUAAUAUGUUAAUCCCUGCUUAAUUUUUGAAAAACCAAAACAUAUGCAAUCAAGUCCGAAUGGCAAAAUGACCAGUCAAUUGAAUAAAAGUAUAAUAAUUUUAACCAGCUUCCCAAACCAUUUGGUGUGAUGCAGAUAGAAAUGUAGGGACUCACUGAUGCUUUUAUUUCCUCAUUCAAUGAACAUUUGUGGGUGCCUAACAAGGGAGAGAGAAAUAGCUAACAAACUCUGAUUCAGAGGACGAUAUAGAGAUUUUAUUUCCACAUUUAGGCACAUUUUUGCAGCUGCAACACAUUUCAUAAGGAUUUCUAGCCUAAGCUCCAGGGAAAUUCAGAGUAAAUUCACCAGAGACUGUUCAUUUGUAGGAAGAGAGAAUUUGGCGGGUGAGGAAUUUAGAUCUGAUUGUUUGAUUAGUGAAUGCUUCAGCUCCAACAUUUGGUGUGACAUGCAUAUAAUUCAACUUUCCACAUGGAGCGGAUACACUUAACAAAAACUAAGCAGCAAGGAAUGGGAAGGUGGGGAACAGUGUGCAAGCAUCCAGCUUGUUUAAAUUCUAGCAUAACACAAACCUUUUCCUUCCUAAUUCCUUGCUAUGAAUUAAUUUCGUGGUAUUAAGAUCUAAGUCUCAGAGUUGGACAGAAUUAUAAAGGUUCCUUCCUGCAGGAUAUUAGCUUAAAAAGAGCCUGAGCAAUAUAAAGAUGCUAUUUAUUACUCAGGCAUAAAUAUCAGAAGACUCAGUGGUUAAAAUGACUUAUAGAUGACCAAGGAAAUUACCUUAAUUUACAAAAUCCAUCCCCUUGUCCCAGCCAAAGAUCUAAUACCUGAAAUCACCAUCACUUUCCCCAUGGGCUGUGGCAAAAUCAAUCUGACCCCUCCAUUGUGGGAUCCUGCUGGAAACCAGGUUCAAUUGCUGCAGCCAAUAAUAGCAUCAGCAGGGCAACUGCUCUCCUUCUAGGCCACUGGAAGCACUAACGUAACACCUUCUGCAUUCCACCUAAACAUAUUGUUACCUGGUCCCAGACCUAAAGAAAACGUCAUCUCAAAUCUAAAGUUUAUUGGAGUUAGACAUGUUCCUGUUGUUAUUUAAUUGCUGGGCAGAGAGUUAAAAUUUGGACUUAUAAUUUUACCCUAUAGGGGAGUCCCAUGCUUCAAUUAGUGGAAAAACCAGGAAUGAAAAAUGGUGAUGUUCUUGCGGGAUUUUUAAUAAUCACGUGUUUAGCAAAUAUACAAAGGCAGAGGAGCAUAUAAGACAGCACCGUUUCUCAAGUCCAUUAAAAUGGGUUGGUCAUCACAGCUGAACUUCCAACUCUUCUAGUCAGGAGAUACGGAAAUUAAAUAAGGUCAUAGUGGCAUUUGGCAUCAGGUUGCUUACAAGAUCUUUUUGGAGUAUGAUCUCUUGCAACGGCUCCAAAAUGCCUAAGAGAACAAUGCCCUGAUCCAAAUGUUAUUUUAAAACACCAUCAUAUAUUACGUAAGAAUAACAUUUAUCACCUCAUCGGCAUAUCUAAAAUAAUAA